AUGGCGUCCUCCAAUUUCUAUCUUCUCAGCGUUCUUCUCAUCAUGAUCGCUUCUGGCGCUCGGGCUACGGAUCCGACUCCCCUCCAGGACUUCUGCGUUGCAGACAAAGACUCGCCUGUACGUGUGAAUGGGUUGCCCUGCAAGGAUGUUAAGGACGUGAAGGUUGACGACUUCUUCCUGGCAGCCGACCUUGACAAGCCAAGGGAUACGACGAUGAGGAAGGUCAAGUCAAAUGUCACGUUGAUCAAUGUGAUGAAGCUGGCUGGUCUAAACACCUUGGGCAUCUCCAUGGCUAGGAUUGACUAUGCUCCUCAAGGACAGAACCCACCACAUACUCAUCCCCGUGCCACUGAGAUCUUAACAGUUCUUGAAGGUUCACUCUAUGUUGGUUUUGUCACUUCUAACCCGGACAACAAAUUUUUUAGAAAGCUGCUCAACAAGGGUGACGUUUUUGUGUUCCCACAAGGCCUAAUCCACUUUCAGUUCAAUCCAAGUCAUGACAAGCCAGCGGUUGCCAUCGCCGCUCUCAGCAGCCAGAACCCUGGUGCCAUUACCAUUUCUAAUGCAGUAUUUGGAUCAAAACCACCGAUCGCGGAUGACGUUCUUGCCAAGGCGUUUCAGGUGGACAAGAAGGUUGUGGAUUGGCUACAAGCUCAGUUUUGGGAGGACAACCACAACUAA